AUGCUUAACAUAAACCUAAUUGCGUUAACUGACGAAUGUAAAUAUUGCAACAAACAGAAACAGGGCUUCCAGAGCGCAUUUUCAUCUGUGGCACCUCCCGUAAUCAAUUUGUAUUGUAUCAAGGCUGAUAAAGUAGACAAAGAAUUCGAAAAUAUUAUGAAUUUAUUUUUCUCUGAAUUAAUAAUGAAGUUUAAAGCCAUGUCUAUACUACGUCCAAAACUAACACAACAGGUGACAUGGCAUGAAGAUCCAAUUAAGGUUAAAAAUAAUUCAAAUAUAGUCAAAAAGAAAUUGGAUUCUGAUGGAAGUUUGGCAUCAAGCAGCAGGCAUUUGCUGGCUGCAGAGGAUAACGGUCGGGAACCAAUCAAAUCUGAUAACUUCCUCUUCUACUUUGAUGACCUGAUAGUGAACAAAUCAAAGAAUUUGACAAUCCCGUACGCAAAUAUUCAAGUUAAGGACAAUCAUUGUGGGCAGUUUACAAUAAAAACAACGGCCUCUAGUCCCCAGCUGGCCUUAAGUGGUCAAGGGGUGCCAAGAAUCCCUGGGAAGUAUGCAAUAGCGGAGGAAUGUUGCAGAAAAAUUCAGAACGGCCCCUCUAUGGUACUUAGACUUGGAAUGCUCAAUGUUGGAUCACUGAUUGGCCGCAGCAUGGAAAUCGCAAAAAUGCUCAAGCGUAGAAGGAUUGACAUCUGCUGCCUUCAUGUCAACUCAGACAGAAAAUAUAAACUAUUCUGGAAUGGUCAAAAGACGGCCAAAAACGGUGUUGGAAUUUUUGUCAGGAAACCGCUAGCCCAAGAAGCGAUCUCAAUGGCCACGUUGGAGAGAAAACAGAUGGUUUUGACAACGUACAUGGCGGUUUUGGCUAUGGAGAACGGAAUGAAGGUGGCAACCGCAUCUUUGAGUUUGCAGAAAGUCACGGGUUUUGUUUAUUAA